GUCGUAUUGUGGAAAGAAUCACACAUGAACAACCUCCUCCGCCUGGCAGCAACCAAGUCGCACGUCGCGGGCUACCGCUCCCUCUCGACGACGGCGAAAGCGUCCGUGACACUUGAGAAGCACGGUCAGAUCGGCAUCUUGCGCUUGAACGACCCCAACCGCCUCAACGCGCUGACAGCGAACAUGGGGGACCGCGUCGAAGAACUUGUGCAGGAAAUCACAGCCCGCGCAGACGAAUUCCGUGCGAUUGUGCUGACCGGUGAAGGUCGUGCGUUCUCUGCGGGCGGGGACUUGGAGUUCCUCCAGAAGCGCUCCAACGACACGACGAGCCGCAACACCGUCACGAUGCGAAAGUUCUACGGUCGGUUCUUAAGCUUGCGCAGCCUACCCAUACCACUCGUGGCCGCGUUGAACGGUCCUGCCAUCGGUGCCGGCAUGUGCAUUUCGCUUUUUGCCGACGCGCGGGUGGUGGCCAAGGACGCUAAGCUCGGGUUUACGUUUGUUCACUUGGGAUUGCAUCCUGGCAUGGCCUGCACGCAUUAUCUUCCGCUCCUUGUUGGCGAGGAGAAAGCCAACUAUUUGCUCCUCAGUGGAAAGGUGAUUACCGGCGACGAAGCGUUCAAGCUUGGACUCGCCACCAAAGUCGUUGACAAGCACGAUGUGGUGGCGGAGGCCAUCAAGUUGGCCGAAGAGUUGACGUCUGGGUCGUCGAUAGCCACCCGCAGCCUCCUCCAAACCCUUCGGCUAAAGCAAGACAAGGACUUGGACAUGGCGCUGCACCGCGAAGCGACCAGUCAGGCCGUGUGUUAUGCCACAGCCGACUACCGCGAAGGCGUCGACGCGAUCGCGUCCAAGCGAAAGCCAAAGUUUGGCUCUCUCGAGCGGUAUUACACGUAGAGUUACAAUGUGACGACGACUUACCAUUCCAAGUUUGGAUUGGGAUUCUUAACUCCCUUCUUGACGUUCUUGUGACCCCACGGACAAUGCCGGCAUUUGUACCCACAGCACGCGCGAUCUUUCAAGUACAACGCCGUAAACACAGUGUACCCAGACCCAGGGUCGACGUACUGCCGAUACCCCCGCGCGCACGCCACUCGGUGAAGUAGUCGGUAGCGUUCGCUGGCCAAAUCAUCGGUACCGUCUUCGUCGUCCAUGUCUUCAAUCUCCUGCACGUCUUCCGCCAAGGUCACGUCGGCUACGAUAUCCGACCACGUCAAAGGGGUAGUGGGGGCCCAAGUGUGCUGAACCACGUUGCUACUUGGAGGAGUUGACUGGCUAGAUGGUGGUUGGCUAGAUGGUGGUUGGCUAGAUGGUGGUUGGCUAGAUGGUGGU